CUCCUCUCCGAUGUCGUGAGCUAUUCGGCAGAGUCCUCCCGUGAUCAUACGCUGCCAUCUCAGCUAGCUUGGGUGGCCGAGAUUAUCCACCGUCAUCUUUCUGCAAGGACCAGCCGGAUGCCCUGAAGAACCAGGCAGCCUCUCUGUCGACCGCGUCGUUGCCUUCAGCUCCUGCACAUCCUCGUGCAUCGCCACAUUCAACACGCCUGUAUCAACCCUCCCAAACUAUCCCUUCGACUCAAAUGCUUCAUAUCUUCCCAGGAAUUGUCAAUUCAAUCGCGUGUUUCAUGAAUUGGCGUUGAGUCCGCACAACGCUCCCCCCAGUCAUUGUUUUCUGUUCUCUUCUAGCCACAAUGCCGUUCUCCCUUGACGGCUCUCUUCCCGAGGAGCUUAUCGACCGCAUAAUCCAAUUCGUGUCUUCCGACCCGGAUAUGAGAAGGUCGAACUCAGACUCACCUAAUUAUUCGGCCCUUGCCCCACUUUGCUUGACCAACAAAAAGAUCAAUAGAAUCGCAAUGCCGCAUCUCUACUCCGCUAUUUUCUUCAAAGACGACUGCUAUGGCUCAGGAGUGAAAUACCUUCUCCCGUUCACAUUUCUCAUGUGGCAGUCUCCGUCUCAUGCAGCGCUCGUCCGGUCAUUCUCGAGUCGGGGUUCAUGGGGUGAGGGAGGUAUCACUCCUACAGCGGUUCUAGAUCCCAACGACUUCGACUACGUACAUGGUAGACUCGAUUGGCCAAAACACGAUGAUCUCGACAGCAUACUGAAAGCUAGAGUCGACGAAUAUGCAAAGGGCGACGAAGAAGCCAACACUUGGUUCGAAGACGUCAAGACUGCGGAGGACGAGGAUGCUGUACUAGCACUACUUCUUCCCGCCCUUCCUAAGCUCCGCAAGUUGGACUUGAUCCCAGAUGCCUUCCUGCACGAUACCUACGUCCUCCGCCCAUUCCAACGUCUCGAUUCGCGCAAAAUGCCAUUAACAGCCGGCCAGGAUGACAGCUCCACCCCCUUCGGCUCCCUCACCGACGUCCUCAUAGCCGGCGAAGUUGACAAAUACCGCACCAACCCGGCCAUCUUUUUCGGCGCUCUCGCCCUCCCUGCCCUCCGCCGCCUCUACACCUACCGCACUGGCGUGGAAGGCCAAGACGAAGUGAACAGAAUCCUCGCAGCCAUUCCACCCGAAUCGUCACCCGUCGAGUACAUCGAGCUCCGCGCUAGCAAAAUUUACUCUCCCAAUCUCGAAAAGGUCCUCAAAAUCGCCACACCCGGCGUCCUGAAAACCUUCAUGUACGAAAUUGGCUGCUCCUGGCCCUGGACCCCAGUCAAGCAAGAAGAGAUCCUCUCAGCCUUAGGCCCGCACGCGCCCCACCUCGAAGCUCUUGCCCUGACCCACGAACACUACUACCCCUACCAAGACGAGCUAGACGAAACCCCCUGCGCGCUGCAGUUCACGCACUUCCCCGCGCUCAAAAAGCUCAAACUCGCGCCCGUCUUCGUCUGGGGCCACGACGGCCUAUUCUCACCGCCGCAGGGGGAUUCCGCCCCCGCUGAGCAGACAAAGACGCAGACCCGCGCCAUCGCCGACUACCGCUCGAAGCUGUGGCGCGCUCUAGCCCCUUCCCUCGAGGACCUGUGCGUCACCUGUGUGCGGGACCUCGGCGUGCCAGGCCACGACAGCCGGAUUACGCCAUUCCUGACGCAUCACCUCUUCCCCGCGCUCGAGGAGGUGCUGCUCAUGAAGGCGAGACACUUCCCCAACCUUACAAAGCUGAAGCUCGAAGGCCCGCUGGCCAAUCUAGAAAAUUGGAGUAUUGAUAUCGUGGGGUUUAUGCGCAUAGCGUAUGAGUAUGGGGUCACAGUGACGCUGGUGAACAUGGUGGGGGAUUCUCCGUAUAAGGGGGAGUCGCGGGAGGUACCGUGGGGAUGGGACGAGGAUGUGAGAUGGAAAAAGUGUGUCCUUAAUCAGGGGCAUCCGAAGAGGGCUUUCAUUUAUGAGAAAGGGGAACAUGAGUUAGAGAAGAGGUUGAAGGAUUUGGUGGCGCCGUAUUGGGUGGAGGAGAAAGAGAAGGAAGAGAAAGCGGAUGAGAGGGAGAGUGAGGGGACUGCUGAGUUUACUGACGGCGAAGAGACGAACUCAGAGGAGAGUGAGGGGGAUGAAUGAGGGGAGUGAUGAAGCUAUGGGCGAGGAGAAGGAGAGUGAUGAUGAAUAGUGAUAGUCGCGAUAAGAGGGCUUGUUGCUGGAGAUGCUUGUAUAUCUGCUCCGGUAUCCGCAGUUUCUGGUAUCAAAACUGCUGCGCAGAAGAACGAAAUAUUCUCUUCACACCACUAUGCCACAAUUUUGCAGACUCUUCUUACUACUGCUCAGUCAAUGGCUCGCCC